GAAAAGUGAAAGUGAAGUUGCUCAAUCAUGCCCGACUCUUAGCAACCCCAUGGACUGCAGCCUACCAUCCAUGGGAUUUUCCAGGCAAGAGUACUGAAGUGCCAUUGCCUUCUCCGACAAAGCACUGAGUAGGCCUUAAUUUUCUUGACCAACAUUAUUUUAUGUCACAUAUAUAGAGAGGCACAUGUGUAUAUAUUAUGUAUUCAACCAUUUAGAAUUACAGUUUCAAGUAAAUUUGGGGAUAUCAGAGAAGCCUGAUUUAAAUGAAUUACGUGUUACUGGAGGGUUAAUGAGGAUGAAAAAUUAUGGUGAUAAAGGAGUGACAUUAUUGAUUGUGCUCCUCCAAUGGCUUAGCAGGUCAAGAAUCUGCCUGCAAUGUAGGAGAUACAGGAGACACAGGUUCAAUUCCUGGGUCAGGAAGAUCCUCUGAAGGAGGAAAUGGCAACCCACUCCAGUAUUCUUGCCUGAAAAUGAAUCUCAUGGACAGAGGAGCCUGGUGGGCUACAGUUCAAAGGGCCGCAGAGUUGGACAGGACUAAGCGACUAAGCACGCACACAUGACAAGGGGCAGUGAACAUAUGUGAACAUGGAAAUAGGAUGGCUAUGUUUUAGGAAAAUCAUGGCAGAUAUAGAAAGGAUGGAUUAGAGGAAAGGAAGAAUUCGUUUGUAGGGAGUUACUAUGUUGGCAAGACUUGACAAUGGCCUCACCUAAAGGAAAUAGAAAUUUAAGGAAGUGGAUUUCAAUGUUAUUGAUAGCACUUAGUGACUAUUUGGGGAGUGGGAGAGGUAAGUAGUAAGGAUAAAUCCUAAAUUUUCAUUUAGGGCAACUGGGUGGAUGGUAAUACCCAAAUCCAGAAAAGAUGGGGUAGAAUGUGUUAGACCAGCACACCCAAACAUAAGAAAAUCUUGUUUAUCAUUACCCAUUGUUUUCCUACAGAAUGUACUGUUCCCCACCCCUCCCUCUGCUUACCUAGAACUCAAAAAUAUUUGGCAGCUUUGAGGGUCAGAAUCACCCCAGAAAUUCUUGGCUGCAACCAACCAACAAUAUGUGAUAAAUAAGGGCUAUAUUUUAUGCAGAUGAGUUUCUCUGGUGAUAAGAGUUGUCUCCACUGGUUUUCUUCCUGGUAGGAAGACAUUUUUACAAAUGAAAAAUUUCCUGUAUAAAUUUAAGUUUCCCUUACAAAAGGGGAAAUGUAUACUCUUAUUUUUAGAGAGUAAGGGGGAAGGAAAGAGCUUUUCUUGAGUCUGCUCAUUCUCAGGUGUCUUUUGUUCAAAAUAAUCCAUAUUUUAGAGAGCAUAUUUGAAGGGAACAUACUCUGAUACCUUGCAAGCACAUCUACCUGGUUCUUGGAACUAUAAUCUCAAAAAUCCACUCUAGUUGCUGAGCCUGGAAUUUCCUUCCUAUGAUAGUUUUCAGGAUUGCAAUUUUGAAAGGUUCUAAUCCUUUUCUCUCUAGCCUUUUCUCUCCAUGGAUACCUAUGCUUUUGACUAAGUUGUUGUUCUACUUGUGUUAUACAAUUUACUGAGAAAAUGAGUACCAUUUCUGUGUAAUUAUUCCAGGUAUUGCAACACUUUACAUAACACAAUUCCAUGUUCCAUAGCAUACAAUGCCAACACUUAUAACUUUGAAUAACUUCUUUAUAAUUUUUCUUUCAAAUCUUCAUAUAUAUCUUCCCUGGAAAAUCAGGCCUAAAUAAUCACUUCAGUAACUACACACAAAAAAAUUUAAACUGUAACAUUGGUUUCUUCCAAAUCUGUAGUUCCAGGUAGAAUCUUCAAAAUGAGUGACAGAGAACAGCAUAACAUUUUCUUUUGCUCACUCUCUCUUGGAGCAUUUUAGAAUACAAUGCUGGGCAUACAGAUAAGUGAUGUGGUUGGAAGUGUUAGUUUUUUAUUAUGUCACCUAAAUUGUUUUUAAUAAUAUAUACAAUAAUAGUUUUUAUAGCAAAGUCUCUAUACAUAUAGAGCAGUGGUCCCCAACAUUUUUGGCACCAGGGACUGAUUUUGUGUAAGACAAUUCUUCUAUGAAUGGGGAAGGGGAAUGUGAGCAAUGGGCAGCAGUUGUAAAUACAGAUGAAGUUGUGUUUGUCAUCACCACCCACCUCCUGCUGUGCUGCCCAUAAUUAACAGGGACUGGGGACCCCUGAUAUAGAGGAUGCAUUCAUUCCAGUAACUUUCUCCCAAAGAUUCUGAAAAUUUUGAUAAUUUUAAUAACUAUAUUAGUUUCUUUCUCACCCUUCAGUGAAGCUAUUUUAACGUCAGUCAUGCCUUUUGUUUUUUCCAGAAAUUUUUCUAAGUGUCAUCUCUUUGAUCCUUCUAGUUCUUAAUUAUUUGCUCUUGCAGACAAACCUACCUACUCUCUCCUCCCAUCUCUUUUCAUUUUUGAAAUUUAAUUUGUCAUUUUUCCCUCUUAAGUAUUUUCCAUUAUCUUCUUUGCUAAUCUAUGUCCUUCUUUUCUUUGAGGUCCUUUAUUUCACCCUUUUUGAUGAUAGUAAUUUGUUCAUCUUUACAAUACUUGUUGAAGGCAUAGUAUGUGUUAGGAACUGUGAUAGGUGCUAGGAAUGUAGUGGUGAACACAGAAAGGCUCUCUGACAUAACACAUUUUAAGGACAGAAAUAAUUAAGCUGUACAUACAAUGCAAUGUGGUAAGAACCAUGGUGGAAUGAAAAGUUUUGAGCUAUUAAGGGGGAUCUGGAAGCACACAGAAGAGACCUCAACCAGAACUGGGUUGAGGAAGAAUUCCUGCAUGUGGAUUAGUUAGGCAAAGAAGAGGUGAUGAAGGCAGAAUUUUUCUAGGCAGAGGAGGCCCAGGAGAGAGAGAGAGUGUGUGUGUGUACUCAGGGCUCUUUAUUAGUAUUGAAACUGUUUUAGUGUAACUGGAUGUAUAUUUGUGUCACUUUCUGCACAGCUACAAAAGCUUUGGAGGUUUCUGUUUAUUUUUAUGUUUUACCUCUUCUCAAAAAUAAGACGUCUCUGUUCUACUUUCAUAACAACUUCCUGCAUGCCAUAAUUCAGCUGGUAGAUAAUUGGUACUUUAUACCUGUUGUUGACUAAUUUUAGAUGCCUGGGGCAGGUAUGUUAAUACAUUUCCAUUUUUGUCAUAAUGAGUGAGGAUUGAUAUAUGUAUUUCUCCUCUUAUGGGGAAGUCAGAAUGUGAUGAUUAUAGUGUUCUAUUGUCAAAUAUUCAAUUUCAGGUCACUUUUGGUGAAGUAUGAGCUUGGUGUGUGUGUUACACCAUGCAAUUGUACUAGGCAAAGGACUGCUUUAUUUUAGAACAAACCACAAUCUGGAUUUUAAAUCAGAGGUUUAUGACAUGUUAAUAAAAUGGGCCUUAGAUAGUAAAUGGUCAGCUCAUUUUACAGGUGGAGAAACUGAGAACUGGAGAGGUUAAUGAAGAACUAACUGUGAUGAGGAUUUGGGUGUGUGUGAUGUUUGUUUUUAUUCUGAAACUUUUGAGAAUAACUAUUCUACUUUUUUUUUUUUACCAUUUCUGUUGUUUACAUAAUUUAUAUAAUCAUUUUUCACUAAUAAGCUGGCAAACAUGAUGGAUAGAUUAUUUUUACAUUGAAGAUUGAAAAAAACUAGGAGAUGUUUGAGCCUGAGUUUUUUUUUUUUUUUUAACUAAUCUGACCAAGAUGAAAAGUCAAGGAAUUCUAGAGGAAGGAAAUACAGAUUGUUUUUUACUCUAGAUGUCUUAUGGGGGACAGGGAUUAAAUAAAUUGACUUAUUUUUGUCAUCUACUUCCUCUCUUGUAAAAGAAUAAAGAUAAAUCUCCAGUGUGUUGCUCAUCUUUGCUAGGGAUAGGUGUUUUGUUUGAGGCAGAACAGUUGAACCUAAUACUAUGUUUCUGUUGAAAAGCGAUGUAAAUAUCAGUACCCUUCUUUUACCAGUGAGGACCUUGAGGUGCUGUAAGAUUGGAUGGACUCAUUUCUUUACGGUUUCUCAGUUAAUAAGUAACAGCUGAUGUCAGAACAUGGUGUCAUCAGAGCUGUGGUUCUGCAUUCUUUCCGUUCAGAAGGAGGGGACAAGAGGAGGGUGAAGGGAGGAAAGGAAGAGGGUGUAGGAGGAAAAGGAAGAACUAGAACUAGUUCUAGUUCACAGCUAGAACUAGAGCUACUCCAAAGCCUACACGUAACUAAUUCCCAUGGUGUUCCUUAUUUUCCCGUAUUUUUUUAGUGGACAUUGCAAAAUUCACUUUAAAUUUUACUUUAUUUCUAUAAGGUAGGCAGAUUGGGAGCACUAAAAAAAAACAAAACACUGGCUCUGCUCCAUGCUGUGGUGGUAGUACAGACACUCUUUUGGCAGGAAGUAUUGAUAAGUUUCUGGACUACAGCGAAAGUAGGGAAUUAAAAGUUAACACCAAAAUUGAAACAAAGCCACGUUUUGUGAAGCGCACACUAGUAGCAGUCCAUUGGAUCAAAGGAUAUGAUCUCACUUCACAGUAAAACAGGUCCUGCAAGCCCAGGUAACUCAGGAAGCAGAAUGGUAAUUAUUCACAGAAGAAAGCAGGUAGUAUACUGUUACAUGAAUACAGGGGAAAGUCAGAAGGUCACCGGCUGCAGGGGAACUGACACAGCUGAAGCUGCUUGGCCCCCUUUAAACAGAAGUAGUAAAAUGGGAGAGAAUGAAGCAAGUUUACCUAAUACUGCUUUGCAAGGUAAAAAAAUGGCCUAUCAGAAGGUCAGUGCUGAUCAAAGAGCUCCAGGACAUUCACAGUACUUAGACAAUGAUGACCUCCAAGCCACUGCACUUGACUUAGAGUGGGACAUGGAAAAGGAACUGGAGGAGCCUGGUUUUGAUCAGUUCCAGCUAAAUAGUGCUGAGCAUCAGAACCUGGAAAAUUCAGAGACUGCAGACCUCAAUCUUGAUCCCAUUCAACCAGCAACUUCACCCAAAGGAAGGUUUCAGAGACUUCAAGAAGAAUCUGACUAUGUGACCCAUUAUACAAGAUCUGCACCAAAGAGCAACUCCUGCAACUUUUGCCGCCUUUUAAAAAUAUUUUGCACGGCAAUCAUUUUAUUUAUUUCUGGAAUCUUGAUAGGCUAUUACUCACGUAAAAAUUGCCCUUCAAGUGCUACAUCUUCAGGAACACUUGAUCUUCAGUUAUACCAGGAGAUUCUCAAGACAAUCCAAGCAGAAGAUAUUAAGAAGUCUUUCAGAAAUUUGGUACAGCUGUACAAAAGUGAAGAUGACACGGAAAUUUCAAAGAAGAUUAAGACUCAGUGGGCUACUUUGGGCCUAGAAGAUAUACAGCUUGUAAAUUACUCUGUGUUGCUGAACCUGCCAGGUCUUUCUCCCAGCUCUGUGACUCUGAUCAGCAGUGGCCAGUGCUUUCAUCCUAAUGGCCAGCCUUGCGGUGAAGAAGCCAGAAAACGGAGCAGCCAAGACCUGCUAUAUUCAUACGCAGCCUAUUCUGCCAAUGGAAUUCUCGAGGCUGAAGUCAUUGAUGUGAGUUAUGGAAAUGCAGAUGACUUAAAGCGGAUUAAAAAAGUGAAAAAUGUCACAAAUCGGAUUGCACUCUUGAAAUUAGGAAAAUUGCCACUACUUUAUAAGCUUUCCUUAUUGGAAAAGACUGGAUUUGGAGGUGUUCUUCUAUAUAUUGAUCCUUGUGAUUUACCAAAGACUGCAAAUCUUAGCUAUAAUACCUUCAUGGUGUCACUGAAUCCAGGAGGAGACCCUUCUACACCCGGUUAUCCAAGUAUUGAUGGAAGCUUUAGACAAAACCGAUCAAACCUCACCUCUCUACUAGUGCAGCCCAUUUCAGCAUCUCUUGUUGCAAAACUCAUCUCUUUGCCAAAGGAUAGAACCACAAACGGUGCCUGUAGCCCUCUAGAACUUCCAAAUAAUGAGGAAAGAAUUGUCAACAUGAAAAUUCAAACAGUCACAAAGUUUGAAACAGUUACUAAUGUUGUUGGAUAUUUAAAGGGUUUGACAUUUCCAGACCGUUAUGUCAUAGUUGGCAGCCAUCAUCACACGGCUCACAGUUAUAAUAGACAAGAAUGGGCCAGCAGCACGGCCAUCAUCACAACUUUUAUCCGGGCCUUGAUGUUACGAGUUAAGAGAGGGUGGAGACCAGACCGUACUAUCGUUUUCUGCUCAUGGGGAGGAACAGCUUUUGGAAAUAUUGGCUCCUAUGAAUGGGGAGAGGAUUUCAAGAAGGUUCUGCAGAGAAAUGUUGUGGCUUACAUUAGUCUCCACAGUCCUGUAAGGGGUAACUCAAGUCUCCACUCUGUUGCUUCACCAUCUCUUCAGCAACUGGUAGCUGAGAAAAAUAAGUUCAAUUGUCCCAGAAGAGGUCAGUGCCCAGAAACGAAUAUCAGUUCUGAGCAGAUGCAGGAUGAUGCUGAUUAUUUCAUCAACCACCUUGGAGUUCCCACCGUGAGGUUUACUUAUGAGGACAUCAAAACAUUAGACGGUCCAAGUUUUCUCUCUGAGGCUCUUUUUCCUAAACAUGCAACUAAAAUUGAAGAAAUGGAUCCUUUUUUCAAUCUUCAUGAGACCAUUACCAAGCUCUCAGGAGAAGUGAUUUUGCAAAUUGCCAACGAACCAGUUCUGCCCUUUAAUGCUCUCGAUAUAGCUUUAGAAGUUCAAAACAGCCUUAAAGGUGAUCAAACCAACACCCCUCAACUGCUAGCCCUGGCCUCACGCCUGCGGGAGAGUGCUGAAUUCUUUCAGUCAGAUGAGAUGCGUCCUGCUAAUGACCCCAAGGAAAGAGCUCCCAUCCGUGUGCGGAUGCUGAAUGACAUUCUCCAGGACAUGGAGAAGAGCUUCCUAGUGCAGCAUGCACCCCCAGGGUUUUACAGAAAUAUCCUAUACCACCUUGAUGGGAAGACAAGCCAGUUUUCAAUACUCCUGGAGGCUUGGGAGCGCUGCAAGUCACUUGCAUCAAAUGAGACCCUUCAAGAAGCCCUGUCAGAGGUGUUGAAUAGCAUUAAUGCAGCUCAGGUUUACUUCAAAGCGGGACUUGAUGUGUUCGAGAGUGUCUUAGUUGGAAAGAACUGAGAAAACUCUCAGCAUUUUAAAAAGUUUGUUUACAAUUCCUCAAGAAAAAGCUCUAAUCUCACCAGAUUUUCUGACAUGGAAGACUUUUUCCCCUCAAUGGCUUUUUAUAUAAGUAUAAAGCUAUUCUUCCUUUGUAUUUUUUGAUGUACGUGUAAAAAGAGCAUUUUGCACAUUUAAUAUUUUUCUUAUAUCUAGAUUUCUGAUUAUGUAAAAGCAAGUUAUUGAAAAUAAUACUUAAGAUUUAUCUAUUAAAAAGAAAUCUGCUGUAUUUUUCUAUAUAUAUAUAUAAAAUAUUUGGGGAAAAAAUUUCAAAGACGUUCUGGACAGUCUUUGUUCCUAUGGAUAAAACAUGUAGGAAUAGAAAUGAUUACCUGUGUUAGAGCUUUAGUGACCUAGCUUCUGUAAUAGAAAUGGACAGUUGAUAUGGUUUCAGAUUAACUUUCACUAUCAAAUAUUCAAUAUGAACAACAAGUAUUCUGACUGAGUGAUUGGUUGACGAAAACCACUUUGAAUGUGUCUAUUUUAUGAAAUGAAGUGCCUGUUUAUAACACAACUAGAUGUAGUAAUACACUGGUUAUGAAAAUGUAUUUUUUUAAGUAUUAAUUGAAAAAAAAGAGCCAUAAACAUUCCAGGGGAAAAUUGCAAGGUAGCUGCACAGAGCAAUUUAAUUGUAAAUUUUUUUCCUAACCACUUAUAAGGUGACUAGCUUUGAAACCCCUAAUUUGUCUCAGUUGAUUUUGUAAAAAUUUCAGGAGUGAUAUAUGUCUUAUGAGGGAGAAAAUAUGUAUUUCUUCCUGUGUUGUUUCUGUUGGAAGCACUGAAAUAGAGCUACUUUAAAAUGAAAGCAUCUCACUUUGCUCCUCAUUCAUGUAUCUUUUCUGAAACUCCUUUCUGAAAGGCAGUUUUCUCAGAAUACCAUAUAAUUUCCACAGGAAAGUAGCAAAGUUUCUCUUUGAAAACCCAAAAUAUCUUAAAAAGUAUCAAAUUGCUAUUUCUGCCACUAGCAAAAAGGACUUCUGAUGAAUGAAAUAGUUGUUUUGAUCAACAGAAAAGCUCCUUAAUUCUAUGAAAAACCUUUUUUUUUCUUCUCUAUCCUUACUUGUGAUUGAGAUGACAACACAUAAUAUAUUCAUGCUUCUACUUUUAGGCAGAAAAUACUUUAUUACUUUAAGAGUGUAUCUUUCCCAUGCUUCAGUUCCUCGCUCAUGUUGAAAAUGAAGCUUUCCAUACUAAGGCCACUGAAUGGCCUUAGUAUUCACUAUUCCCCAAACCACAGAAUCCCAUUAAGUGUUUAAAGUCUGAGCUUACCUUUAGAAAUUGAUUUAGUAUUGGAUAAAGCAAUUUCUCUAAGGAAGCAUAUCUUCAGAGUAUUUCAUGUGGUUUAUUUUUCUCUAACACAACAUUCAAACACAUGUCCCUAUCACACACCUCCAAAGCAACUUCACAAAUAGUGCCUAUAGGUCUAAAUCUUUUAUGUGUAUGAAUGAACAUACACCUAAUCUUAGUUUAAAGGAAAACUGAAGUUAAAGGGAAAGAAUUGUCAGCAUUGAUUAACUGAUUUAUAAGGGUCAGCUGUUCUUACUAUAAGUAAUGUUUAUGUGCUCAAGGCAAAGAAGAGAAUAGAAGCAAUUAGCUAGGUAAUUCAAGCAGAAACUCAGUUUCAAUGAAUUGCUUGUGUGCACAUAUUUUACAUAAGAAAGGAAACUGCCUUACAAUAUAUAUUUCUAACCAAUGCAUGUGUUUGUCUGAAAGUAUUUGCCAUGUUGAGAAGUGGCUACAGGAAGGGGCUAAAGAACCAAACUCCCACAUGCCUUGGUGUCAGUACCCUCUCUCCUUCCACAGAAAAAGAGGAGAAAAGAGGCAAGAGGAAUACACAUACAGAUUUGGGUCAGGUCAAAUAAUAGAAUCCCUGUACCAAGGGAUCAGAAAUAGUGAAUUAAAUUUCAGUGUGUUCAUUUUAAUUCUUCCUUUGGAGCUGGGUUUAAAAUAGACAAAGACAAAUAAUUAUCGAUUUGGUAGUUUAUCAUUUUAGAACAAAAUCCUAAGUAAAUUCACUCCUUUAGACUCCAAUAGAGUUGAGAACAUGAAUAUUUGUGUUUGCACAUUUUUGUUGAAAAAUUGUGUAUUUAGCUAACCCACACUGCACAGAUCAAAGUCUCAAUAUUCUGUACUUAUUACUUCUAAAUCAUAUGAUAUUUGAUACUCAGAAACUGAAGUUAAUUAUGGACAAACAUGUUUUUAUUAGCCUAUUUAAGAGAUUAUGUUAAGAAAUUGAGUUAUAAUUGAAACAGAUAUCCACCAAUUCUGUAAAUGCUGCUCAUCUUUGACUGAAAUGAACCUCUUAACUAGAAACAUUACUGCUAUAGUCUGAUUACCUCAGGGUUCCUUGAAAUUUAUGUCAUUUAAAUUUUCCCCUAACGAUCCAAGUAAAUAAAAUCCUAUGCAAGUUAUUAAUAAGUAUUUUCAAUGAAUUGGUAGUUAGGUUAAAUCACUGCUGAAAUAUCUGGGUGCCUGGUACUUCUCACCACCCUUCAUACAUAGCAUUGUGCCAGUCCAUAAUGAAUCAUAAAUGAUUAUUCCCCCAAGAAAAGGUGGCAGAUGUGGACCACUGCAAUUUAGGUUCAGGCAGGGUACACCUGGAAUACCGCUCUUUGUAAAAAAAGCACAGAUUCCAGAGUAAAAAAAAAAAAGCCUAAGACACUCUGAUUCAAGUCUGAGACUAUUACCUUCAGUCAGGGAAAGCAUCAGCACCCCCAUCAGGUACAGUAACUGCAGACAAAGUGGUCAAGGAAUUGGGGGAGAGUCACAGUUUUAGUUAGUAGCAGAAGGGCAGCUAAAAUUUAAGCUUGUUUGUUUUCUCAUAUAACAGAGUUCUAAAUGGUCUUUUCCAUUAUAUUCUAGGUAACUAGUCAUUAUAUCAGAUGCUGGAUGGGCUGGAAGCACUGCUUUUUCAAUUAGGGACCAGUUCAUUCUCUCAAUAUACCUAACAAGUAGAACUGUCCCAGGGAGUUCACGCAAAGGGCACAAGCCUGUGUACUUGUGGGAAAGUAGAGAGAGUCUCUAUAUGAUACCAGUGCUCAGGAAGAAGGGUAUUAAGCAAAAUACUUUUAUAAGAGAGCAUUUUCCCCUACAUUAAAUUGGCAGUUUAAAUCUGUAUUUCUCAAAAUGUGGUUUUUGGGGAAGGGAGCCUAGGAAUCUAUAUUUUUAGCAAGAUUUCCCAAAUGAUCCUUAUGCUUAAUGAUUUCUCAUCUACAUCAAUAAUCCUGGGUCCUCCUGAGAAAACAUCAUGUGGCUACAUACUAAAAAAAUUGAAGGGUCACAAUAAUAGGAGAUACUUCUAGCUUUGCUAAUAAUGGCAUUUUAAAGAAAGAGAGAGUAACCAUUGUAUUUCUCAGAAAAGGCCCCAGAUGAAUCUAAGUCUGUGCCUGCUACAAGUCAGGCACAUUUCUCAAUUUAAUGUACUUUUUUUUUCUAAUUGACUCCUCAUGCCAACUUAUUUUAAAAGAUGAGGAAAUUUAGUUGAGUGACUGCCCAAAGUUCCAUAGCUAAUAAAGAUGAUUGAUGUAUGUGUCUCUGCUGGGCCCCCUGGGUUCCAGACCUGUGUUCUUCAUGCUGGGUGUCACAGAAAGUUAAGAAUCAGUUACAGAAAGUGACAUUAUUGAAAUUUUUAAUGUAUUACUGCACAACUGAUCAGACUAUGUCAUCUGCCACUUCACUGGUUGAACUAAGGAGUCUGAAGAAACCAACAACAUUAUUCCUCAUGAUGGUAGCCCACCCCAACAAUGGUGGACAUAUGUAGGUAAAUUAGAAGAUAAGUAAAUAAGAGCACAAAAAUAAGUAGGUAAAUAAGAGCACAAAAAUAAGUCUACCAUUGUAGAAUAUCAUGACAACUAGUUGACGGGGGAAGACCAAGUGCUGGGACUUACAACCUCAGUUUUGUAUCAUACUUAAAUCUCAGAAUAACUAAUUGACUUUUUAAAUUACAUGUAUUUUAAAUUACAUGUACUUUUUAAAUGUAUAGCAUACAAUAGGUUUCUCCAUUGCAAAGAUAGGUGUUAUGAAAAUAAAAUGAUUUGUUACCAUCAGCAUCUUUUAUUACAGUCAGCAUCUUUGCCUGAAAUGAAAAACUAUUUUCGUAAUUGGUAGACCUCGCCAAAAGUGUCCUCAUGAGACAUUCUGUGGUAUGUGUGAUUAAUUACUCCAAAAACUAAACUUUUUCACUGAUAUUGCAUUGUCAUCUGGUUUAAAGGUUUAAACCAGAAUGGUUAAAGGACCAUUUAAAUGUGUCUUAACUACAAGUUCCCUCGAUAGAAUUAUAUUUUAAACUGCCAAUCCAUGUGUUGAGUGGAAGGCAAAUGGGUCUAUACAUCCCAAAAGAUAGAUCAGCAACCUAACAGUUCCAUUACAGGAGCAUGGAUGCAACACAGGAGAAAAAAUAGACAUGUGAUAUUUGAGCAAAGAAAUAUUCUGCCUAGGUGCACUAGUAAAUUUGUAUUUCUUGCUUGAGUUUAUAUUGCUAGCUUAAAAAAGACUCAUUAGAAUUGCUUUAGAAAGAACUUAAACUUCCAAGAGUUUUAAGCACCCCAUCAAGUGUAAAUACUUUUCAGUUAAGUGGGUUUAUCUUAUGCAGUUUAGAAUUUCAAGUGAGGUAAAUUUAAAAGAGGAGUUGCAAAAGAAAAUUUUUAAACAUAGCCUAUUUUGGUCACCACAGUGCUCACUCAGUUCUGUUUUCCCUUUUUAGAUAUACUCUAGCAAUGGGAUCAGGCUUUUUUUUUUUAACUAUGAGAAACUAAUUUUAGUAUCUAGUCUUUUCAAUGUACAUUUAUCUGUUAAUCAGCCAGAAUUUUAUUUCCAUAAUACCAUUCCAUUAUCCUUCAAAGAUGUACACUGAAGUGCCUUGAGCACUCCUGGGGCCAUCAAGAAUCUUCAGAGCUGGCUGAUUGUGAGAUGGCAUAUUUCUUAAAGACAUUUAGAAUCUCAUACUCAAGUGGUAUCUGAAUUUACAAGGCAAAGGAUUAAAUUGAGGCACUUUCAGGUAACAUUCAAGAUAAAGCUACUUCAAAUUUUAAUAUGUUCUGGUUAGAUUAUUUUGUAUUUGAAUUAAAAUAGUUAUGCAAUGUUGUAAAGUAAAAUAAAUAAAUUUAAAAAAAAGUUUUGCAGUUUUGUGUAACCAAGAUGGCAAUUUUUAUUUUUUUUAGACAAAAUACAGUCAUCAAGGCCAAAGAAAUGUAUGACUACUCUAAUUUCUUAAGCAGGCUCUGUCAAGAAUUAACUCAGCUAAUUGCAGUUGAUUCUAGAUGCAGAGCCUACAUCUAGACAAAGCUCUAACAUGUGUAGGCAGAACCUAACAACAUUCUUUCGAAUCCCUUUGAUGUCUUAAGCCAAUAAGCACUGAAGUAGCUUUUCUCAGAAGGAAGCAGAUUUUAUUUUCCAGGGGCUAAUUAAUAUGCACCACCUCAGUCCCAAAAGGAUCACACAGGUGCCUGUACCAUGCCAUAUGUCAUGUGCUAUAUUCCAGCAAGCUCAAGAGAUUAAUAUACAAUCAUUAUUAUGAAUUAUUAUGUUGUAUCGAAGUUAAUGUUGGUCUUUUGUUCUAAUUAAAGUACAAACUUGGCAUUGGAACAGAAGCUUAGCUACAGAAAUGAAGUUAGAGUCUCUGUUUUAAUGAACUACAUCUUUUUUUCAAUCAAAAUGUGUAAUUAUUUAAUUAUCUGGCCUGCUCAGUAAGUUUAGCUCUCUAAUUUGUUCAAAGACUAUUUAUUCAACAUAAUAAUAACACAGGUGGACACUCCUUGGAGUGUUUUAUCUUCUGAAAUUGUUAGCCAUUGUUAAAUCGUGCUUUCAGUAUAUGUGAUAGUAUUUUAUUAAUGUUGACUUGUCUACCUUUUAUAUCAAGCUGCUGCGAGUGACCACCUUAUUCUGAAAGUCAGAGAAAAUGCUAUUUCUCUAUAAAGACAAAUUUGUCAUACCUGUUUAAUAAGAAACAACAUAUUUUACUACACCAUUGCAAUUUGUCUGCAGUAAACAAAGUGCCCAGAUGGUUAAGUGUAGCUCACAUAAUUAUAUUCCAAAGAUGUUAUACAUAAUUCCAAUUAGAAGCUGAGAUAGGACUCUAUUAGGUGAUUUUGUAUUUACAUUUCACAUAGGAAGGUUUAAUGGCAAAUAUUUCCCACAUAUUCAGACUUGCUACUUGUAGAAUAUGAAUGCAGUUGUAUUCAGAAAAGAAAAAAAGCUUUCUAAGACACUUUAAGGGGCUAAUUUGCUUUUAUAGACAUCUAGAAAAAUCAGCACAUCAUUGAUGAUAGCUUCAUAUGUGUUUGGAAUGUUAAUAUGGAACAUGAAAUAGUUUCAGCCAUGUCAUCAGUAUAGCAAUAUUUAGAUACAUGAAAUUUUAUAAUGAGUAAAAUUUCUUAAUUGUAUAAUAAAAAAUAAUAAAAAUAAAUAAAAAAUAUAACCUUAAAAGAAUGGUGACAAGCAGAAUAUUUAUAAAGAUUUAGAAAUUAACUUUGGGUAAAAUUGGAGCACAAUUUCUUCAUUUAAAUUUGUUUGAUUAAAAAAUAAAUCUCUCUCAAGGGGUGCCCCAAUUAUUAAAUUGCACUGAACUGUUACAGUGUUAAAUAUUAUUCAAAGUAGAUUACAUCUGUGAUUUGGAAAUGUUUUCAUUGUAAAGAAAUUAAUUAUUAGUGUCUUUGUUGUGACUGAUUUUGGAUGAUUGAUUUAGAGGCAUGUGUCUCUAGUUUCUUAAUUACUAUAUAGGGUUGAAUGCCUAAUUUCUAUAAUAUGUGGAUGUCCACCAAGAAUCUAGUGCUUUUUAUAUUUAACCCAAUUGUGAUUUUAUUUUACAACAUUUUAUGUACUAUUCACAUGACUUGAUAUAUGGUUUACUUAGAAAAGUAUAUUGUGAUUUGGAGUGACAAAAAAAUGGAUUGGUACAUCAUAUCCAUUAAGAAUACAGGUAAAUAUUUUAUAUUUUAGUUGUUUAAAUAUUUGCACAUAGUUGAAUACUAUGAAAUGAAGGCAUCUAUUAAGGAAUAUUUUCUGAUUCAUAAAUGUAAUGUGUAUGUGCAGUGACACAGUAAUAUUUAAAAUGCCCAUUUACAAAUAUUAAAUACAGGU